UUUCUAUAAAGUUUGUAGUGAGACAUAUUCCUUGUCUCCUCACAAGCCCAUUUCUGAUACUUUGCCCUAAGGCUUCUGCAUCUUCUCACUACAAAACCCUACUCAUUUUCUUCAAAAAUCACACCCUUCCACUCCCAAUCGUAUUUCUUUCUCCGCUUUUUCUCUCUCUAGAAACUGUAAAGUUUUCACCUUUCAAUAUCCAGAACAUGAAGCCCUAAUUUUCCAAGCAUCCAUUGCCACCUUUUCUUGAAAAUCCAAUCUUUGUGUGUGUGUGUGUGUGUUUUUUUUUUUAUAUACCUAGAUUUAAGGUUUGGGGAGUGGGGAGAUUUCACGCCCUGUUGCUUGGGCCUCAAGGCAUGAAUUGAAGUUGAAUAGUUGAAGAUUUGCAGGUGUUCAGAGAUUAAGAAAAAGAGGAAAAAAAAUGGAGAAGUAUGAGCUUGUGAAGGAUAUAGGAUCUGGGAAUUUUGGUGUGGCUAGGCUUAUGAGGAACAAGGAAACCAAAGAGCUUGUUGCCAUGAAGUACAUUGAAAGAGGUCAAAAGAUUGAUGAGAAUGUGGCCAGGGAGAUCAUAAAUCACCGUUCCCUUCGGCAUCCAAACAUAAUUCGAUUCAAGGAGGUGGUUUUGACUCCCACACAUCUUGCUAUUGUCAUGGAGUACGCUGCAGGAGGGGAGCUCUUUGAGCGAAUCUGCAAUGCUGGGAGGUUUAGCGAAGAUGAGGCUAGGUAUUUUUUUCAGCAGCUUAUCUCCGGGGUCAGCUAUUGCCAUUCCAUGCAAAUAUGCCAUAGGGAUUUGAAGCUGGAAAAUACCUUGUUGGAUGGAAGCCCUGCGCCACGCCUGAAAAUCUGUGACUUUGGCUACUCUAAGUCAUCUUUGCUGCAUUCAAGACCCAAAUCAACAGUUGGAACUCCAGCUUAUAUUGCACCAGAGGUUCUUUCUCGAAGAGAAUAUGAUGGCAAGUUGGCAGAUGUGUGGUCCUGUGGAGUAACUCUUUAUGUUAUGCUGGUGGGAGCGUACCCUUUUGAGGACCAAGAAGACCCGAAGAAUUUUAGGAAAACCAUCAGUCGUAUAAUGGCUGUUCAAUACAAGAUUCCCGAUUAUGUUCACAUAUCUCAAGAUUGUAGGCAUCUCCUUGCUCGCAUAUUUGUGGCAAAUCCAUCCAGGAGGGUCACUAUCAAAGACAUCAAGAAUCACCCAUGGUUUCUAAAGAACUUGCCCCGGGAACUCACAGAAGCAGCUCAAGCUCUCUAUUACAGGAGAGAAAACCCUACCUUUUCCCUUCAAAGUAUAGAGGACAUCAUGAAAAUUGUGGAUGAGGCCAAAACCCCUCCUCCAGUUUCCCGGUCAAUUGGAGGCUUUGGCUGGGGAGGCAAAGAAGAAGAAGAAGAAGAAAAGGAAGAAGAAAAGGAAGAAGAGGUGGAGACCGAGGAAGAAGAAGAGGACGAGUAUGAGAAGCAAGUCAAAGAAGCCCAUGCAAGUGGAGAAGUUCAUGUCAGUUAAGGAUUGACUUACCCCUUUCAGUAAGUAGAGACAUGAGCUUAAAUUUUGAAAUUUCAACAACUUUUGGGAGUGCUUUCAUGUUUGUUUAAAGUGUCACUUUAUAACUUAGGACAUGGGGUGAAUAAAAUGUUUGUAAAUUAUUGUUUAAUUGGCAAGAGGUCUGUGAAUUUCAAUUGUAUGUGAACAUUAGAGUGUUUUGCUACCGUGAUCUUUGAAGUUUUAGGAUUUGAAAAUGGCUGUUGGGAGUGAAUUGGUCUGGUUUUCCUUCUAAGGGUAGGGAUUUAACCUUUAUUAAUAAAGGGUUUCGUGUGUUCUUUGGUCA